AUGGCCCCCAUCAACGAAACUGCUUCGCCCAUUGGUAUUGCCAACCUCCCAAACCAGCGACACAAGAUUGUUGCUAAGCGGGGUGCGGCUUUUACUAUUAUGGUUGCUGGAGAGUCUGGAUUGGGAAAGACCACGUUCAUCAACACUCUGUUUUCCACCACCAUCAAGAACUACGCCGACCACAAGCGCCGACACCAGAAGCAGAUCGACCGAACUGUCGAGAUUGAAAUCACCAAGGCCGAAUUAGAGGAGAAGUUCUUCAAAGUUCGCUUGACCGUUAUUGAUACCCCCGGAUUUGGUGACUACGUCAACAACCGCGAUUCCUGGCAACCGGUUAUCGAGUUCCUGGAUGACCAGCAUGAGUCUUACAUGUUGCAGGAGCAGCAGCCCCGCCGAACAGACAAGAUUGACAUGCGUGUCCACGCGUGCCUGUAUUUCAUCCGCCCAACUGGACACACCCUGAAGCCCCUGGACAUUGAGGUCAUGAAGCGCCUGAGCUCCCGUGUUAACCUGAUUCCCGUUAUCGCCAAGGCCGACACUCUCAGCCCUGCCGACCUCGCCCGGUACAAGCAACGGGUCCAAGCCGUGAUUGAAGCCCAGGGCAUCAAGAUCUACACCCCUCCCGUGGAAGAGGACGACGAGACUGCCGCCACUCACGCUCGCAGCUUGCAGGCUGCCAUGCCUUUCGCUGUUAUCGGCUCCGAAAAGGAUGUGAAGACCAACGAUGGCCGCGUGGUCAAGGGCCGUCAAUAUGCUUGGGGUGUCGCCGAAGUCGAGGAUGAAGAGCACUGCGACUUCAAAAAGCUGCGCUCAAUUCUCGUCCGUACCCACAUGCUUGAUCUCAUCCACACAACCGAGGAGCAACACUACGAAGCGUACCGCGCACAACAAAUGGAGACCCGGAAAUUCGGUGAGGCCCGACCGAGGAAGCUCGACAACCCCAAGUUCAAGGAAGAGGAAGAGAACCUGCGCAAACGCUUUACCGACCAAGUCAAGCUCGAGGAAUCGCGGUUCCGACAGUGGGAGCAGAAGCUCAUUGCAGAGAGGGAUCGCCUCAACAAGGACCUCGAGGCCACCCACGCUGCUAUCAAGUCGCUGGAGGGAGAAAUCGAGGGGCUGCAGGGAUCAUCCACUAGGAGCCACGGCCGUCGCUAG